UUGGUUAAGGGCGCCAGAGCCGGAGUCUGGAAGUGGGCAGCUACUUAGUUAGCCUGUUAGCUGCGUUUAGUGAACAGUUGCGGCUGUUUAAAUGUUUUCCCGGAGCUUGUUUCUUAGGUCUGGAGGUGAGGACCUGCCCGGCAGCGUCCAGUGAGUGCCGGGGCUGCAGUUCGGGGAGUUUCGGCGAGUUGGGACAGAGUGUGACUGCGGGGUUUGGCUACAGGCUAGUGGACAGCCUGCGGCUAAAGGCUAGUUAGCUAAGUUAGCUUAGCUGGCUAACCUGCUAGCCCUGUAUAGGAGUAGCAGCUUGAACCGCUGCAGCUGCUGCUGGGGUUUCUCUUUCUCUCCAGCUCUCAAGUUCAAUGCUGGACUCAAUAAUGGCCACAAAAUACAAAGAGGCUUCCAGGACUGCUAGACUUUAAGCAAGGGCACAUGAGAGGCUGAAGAUCUGCGAGAUGUGACAGGAUGCUGAACCAUCACUGCAGAAGGAACCCGGAGCUACAGGAGGAGCUGCAGAUCCAGGCAGCGGUGGCAGCUGGCGAUGUCUACACCGUACGCAAGAUGCUGGAGCAGGGCUACUCGCCCAAGAUCAGAGACGCCAACGGCUGGACCCUGCUCCACUUCUCCGCCGCUAAGGGCAAGGAACGCUGCGUCCGUGUUUUUCUCGAGCAUGGAGCUGACCCCACGGUAAAAGACUUCAUCGGUGGCUUCACAGCGCUGCACUACGCCGCAAUGCAUGGCCGCGCCCGCAUCGCCCGCCUCAUGCUGGAGUCUGAGCACCGUGGAGACAUCAUCAACGCCAAGAGCAACGAUGGCUGGACUCCGCUGCACGUGGCCGCCCACUACGGACGGGACUCAUUCGUGCGUCUGCUCCUGGAGUUCAAGGCCGAGGUGGACCCUCUGAGCGACAAGGGCACGACCCCCCUGCAGCUCGCCAUCAUCCGCGAGCGCUCCAGCUGCGUGCGCAUCCUACUGGACCACAACGCCAACAUCGACAUCCAGAACGGCUUCUUACUGCGCUACGCCGUCAUUAAAGGCAACCACUCGUACUGCCGCAUGUUCCUGCAGCGCGGCGCAGACACCAACCUGGGCAGACUGGAGGACGGCCAGACGCCGCUGCACCUCUCGGCUCUUAGGGACGAUGUGAUGUGUGCUCAGAUGCUGUACACAUACGGUGCCGACACAAACACCCGCAACUAUGAGGGUCAGACUCCUGUGGCCGUGUCGGUCAGCAUGUCCGGCAUCAGCCGACCCUGCUUGGACUUUCUACAGGAAGUGACACGACAACCCAGGACGUUGCAGGACCUGUGUCGAAUAAAGAUUCGUCAGUGCAUAGGACUUCAAAGCUUAAAGUUUCUGGAGGACUUGCCCAUAGCCAAGGUCAUGAAGGACUACUUAAAACACAAGUUUGACAACGUCUGACUGAGGCCUUCACACCUCUGGACCGAAGCAGAGGAUCUGUCUCUGUGACUCUGGAAAAGACUAUGCAAACUCUUAGACCUAUUUUCCAUUCUGUUCUCGACCUCUGGCUGCAGAUUGUUUUAUACAACCAUGUAGACAUGUGUUUCUAUGAUGAAUAAUGACUCGUGGCGAAUCAGAAAUUUAGACAAGUUCUUGAUUCAAGUCCUUUUCAUAUUGAUGACCUCCAAUUUAUUUUAAUGAUUGACUGAUCCUUCAAACUCAGAAGAAAAAAAAAUCUGACGUCAAUUAUAUGCAUAAAUUUGAAUGGUUCUUUGAUGCUUUUGCAGUGUUUUCAUAUUAAAACUUUGUGACAAGAUUUUUUUGUCAUCAGUAAAGGUGCAGAAAGUUUAGAAAGUUCUUCAGAGCUUUAAAACAAGAGUUUGAGAAAGCACCAAUGUGAGCUAAUGCUAUAUUGUACUGUACGUUUUACCCAAGAAAAAAAAAAGGCUGUGCUGAAUUAUUAAAAGUAUUGAUUUUAUAAUUGUCUAUUAAAAAAAUUAUAGUCAAACCAUAGAAACAUUCAGCAGCAGUUUUACCAAGUGGUAGUUUAUUUCCCCAGCAGUCAUUUUAAAAUUGAUUACAGACUGCUAGAAAUGAUUUAAUAAAGAAUUAAAUACGUAGUUUGGGCACCCCUGUUCAAAUGACAUGUUUUUCAUUUUCUAAAUAAGAUAAAUUCAGGUCCUCUACAGAAACACACAUAAUAAAUGUGUAUCUGCCUAAUUUAACCUAUUAAAAUUUUUUUCCAGUGUAUUAACAUUCAUUUAAUAAAUAAAAAUUGUGCUUUAAAUAUGCUUUUUUUUUUUUUCGUUUUCUGUAGAGGAUAUAUAUAUAUAUAUAUAUAUAUAUAUAUAUAUAUAUAUAUAUAUAUAUAUAUAUAUAAACAUAAACAAAAAAAUGUGAUUUGAACAAGCGUUCUCAAACACAUAUAAAUGUAUGUUGCUGCUGUCAUGCAAAAACCUUGUUUCUUCAAAUUUAAAUUUACAUUGCAGAUUUGCAGGGGAAAUGAAAAACCCUAACUAACAAUUAUAUUUUAAGUGUUAUAUUCCAAUUCUAGUGUCUGAGAAUUCUUAAUAAUACUUAAUAAUAAAAAGGUUGUAAUUGCAUAUGCUAUUAUGCUAUUAUAUCAUUAUUAUAUUAGCAUUAUGAAUGGAAUAGUGUUAAAUUGACAAUUAUAUCAUGUAUUGCAAUUACAUUUUAUUUUUGUGCAAUACAGUCAUCCAAACAAAAAUCAUUAUUGUGACCAGACUUAACUUUAGUGGAAAUCUGAGUGAUUUUGGAGCAUUUCUAUUAGUGUAUUCUAUGUGGUUGAAUAAAAUCUAAAAAUAAAUCUAAUAUCUUAAAGCAAAAUUGGAGAUUCAAGGUUUUAGCCUGACUUCAACAAUACAUUAUGUAACAUAUUGCAAUGUUAAACAACUUAUAGAAAUGUCCCCCUUUUUCUUCUUAAUCUAAUUGCAUUUUGCUGUUAAUUCAAGGAAUCUCAAAUCAUAAUUUGGCGAGUAACAGUGUAAUGGUGCUAGUAUUGUUCACAGAAAAAAAAAGCAGAAGAAGAGCUUUGCUAUUGGAAGUCAGCUUGUGUAAAGAAAGAUACAUGCAUCGAUUCAACAAGGACUACACUAUGUAUAUAAUUGUGUCAUAUGUACAGCAAAUAUUUUUCUAGAAUUAUUUAAGCAAUGAACUGUUGUAUUAUCAAAGUGUUUAGGGUUUUUUUUUUUUCUUUUGUUCAUUUUUGAUGGUAUUGUGGCUUUUUGUUCUUUUUUGGAAUUUUUUUUUUUUUUUUUUUUAUCUGUUACUGGAGCCAAGUUAAAACCAGUUAAAAUCAGCAAAUAUUUGAAGGUCAUUUUUCCCUCUUUAGAUAGAUUUAGAUGUUCAGUUCAGUUUUCUCAGAGCUUUUGGAGUUCAGUACAGUACAGAACACUUACUUCUGCUUCAGGCCCACAGCAUUAAGUUGUGCCUUCAUGUCACGUGGUUGGGAGGUUAUAUAUGUAGUAUCUGCUCAAAAAUGUGCACUUUUUUUGUUUGGUGUGUCACUUUUUUUUAUUGCAUGUUUUUUUUAUUUAACUAUAAUUCACCAUGUUCUCAAAGCUGGAUAGGUGUAGUUCUCAGCUGUUAAGCCACAGUGAUCUCAUGCCUGCAACUUUUUGGGUGUUUUUAUUUUUUAUUAUUAUUAUUUAAUUAGGCCUGUCAUGAGAACUAUUUUGUACGGGACGAUAGCUAAGACUGGAACGUUUAUGUGAUUAUUAUUAUUAUUAGAAGAUAGUUGACUAAUUCUAAAUGAGGAACUUUCUGAAGUUUAGUGAGUAAAUAUGUAAUAUAUGUAUAUCUAUUGUGUUUGUCCACUUUUGGAGAAACAUACCAAGUUUACUGUAAACUACUGGGAGUGAGUCAACACAAUUUUAUAAUCAACAUUGUCAGUUAUUUAGUCAGGACGAUAUUUUUUUGUCCUAUAAAUAAUUGCAAUAAACUGUAUAAUGAUCAUUUUAAGACAGAAAGCAUUUCAUGCACUGAUAAAGAUAAUGAUACAAUAAUAGCAUAAUAAAUAGAUCACCUCUUUUAAAGUUUAUAUGUAUAUUUUCUCCUCACCUAAAUCUACUGCAAAUUCCUCUGUGUGUGUGUGUUUAGAAAUGCCAUAAUUAAUGCAUUAGUCAUUAAUGUGACUGGCUACAGUAUUAGUGACAUUUAUUUCUGUUAUACAGCUCUCGAAAAAAAUAAGAGACCACUUAAAAAUGAUGAGUUUCUUUGAUUUUACCAAAUUGAAAACCUCUGGAAUAUAAUCAAGAGGAAGAUGGAUGAUCACAAGCCAUCAAACCAAACUGAACUGCUUGAAUUUUUGCACCAGGAGUAAAGCAGAACAAAGUUAUCCAAAAGCAGUGUGUAAGACUGGUGGAGGAGAGCAUGCCAAGACACAUGAAAACUGUGAUUAAAAUCCAGGGUUAUUCCACCAAAUAUUGAUUUCUGAACUCUUAAACUUUCUGAAUAUGAACUCUGAGUCUGAAAGCUCUGCGUCUUUUUUUGUUAUUUCAGCCAUUUCUCAUUUUCUACAAAUUAGUGCUCUAAAUGACAAUAUUUUUUAUGUGGAAUUUAGGAGAAAAGUUGUCCGUAGUUUAUAGAAUAAAACAGGAAAUACAAUAAAUAAAAUAUCAAGUUAGCAAAUUAGAUUAGGGUCAUAUCAAUACUGUACAAUAAGCUGAUAGCGUAAUUAUCAUGACAGGCCUAAUCCAAGUGUUUCAGCAGACCGAGGGAUGCUGCUUAUUUGUUUUCGUAUUAUUAUAAUUUUUAUUUACUUUUUGUCCCCCCACCUCGCUAUGGAAUUCUGACAGAUCGAUGGACUUCUGAUAUUAACGACCUCUUGUUUUGUUGAAUGUCAGGUGGCAUCCACUUUUCCUCUCAGAUUUACCCUAUUAAAAAAAAAGCGAAAUUUCCUCCAACCAGUUUUAAACCCACAACACAACACUAGCUGCCUUUCACUGCCACUGCUGACGCUGAGGCAUUAGCGAUUCAGCACAGCAUGAAAACAAUCUGAAGAGUCUCUUCAUGGAAUUGUAUAUCCGAGCGUGCAUUCAGGGCUUUUAUAAACAGGGAGGUCGGCCUCUUUUUUUCUACAGCGUUUCGUCUGCGAUUUUGUUUACAGAGUGUGUGUACAGUGUGCGUGCGGGAGCGUGAUUGGUAGUACAAAUGAACGUGCACAUUCUUACCAAAAUGUAUUUGAUUUUAUGACUGAGUACCAUAGAGAAAGUGUGUGUGUGUGUGUGUUUUUGUUUUCAGAAAACGCUUAAGCUGGAUUCCAAUCCUCUUAAUCUCAAGUCUUCCGCAUCGUUGGCCACAACUACUGAAUGUACAUAAACUGCUGUUUGCCUAGUUGAACAAUGUAAACUUGUGUGAAUAAAUGAACGUCAUAAUGUAUGUGUCUAUGUUCAGAGCAUUAGUUACUGUGUUCUGUUUGCGUCUCAUUUUUUUCUAGAGAUUGAUGAUUUUUUAAUAAAAUCUGCUCAGACUGA